AUGCGGCCUGCAGCUGUCGGUGAGAUUCUUCUUCAGAAGGCAACGAGCCCGCUGGUGGACGAGUCGGAGCUACAGGCCGUCCUGGCAGCCGCCAAGGCGGCAGCGGCAACGGGAGCGGUGAGUCUCGUGGGUGAUGCGUGGCGCACAGUACGCCUAUUGGCCUCUGCCGCUCGCUGCACGCUGCAAGCGGGGCGGGGGGACUUGGCGCUACCGCUCAUCAAGACGGCGUUUGAGCUCUGCCCGGAGCCCUUCAGGCGAUUGGCGUCGUUACUGAGCGAACAGGGGGCGGAGGACGGAUGUGCACUGGCGCGCUCCAUGCUCGCCGUGGCCAGCUUGCAAGAUGGCGAAAGAGACAUACCGGCUGUUGUUUGCACCGCCUUGAUGGUGUGGCAGGGCGCGCUCACGGCUACGGCAUCGAAAAGUAGCUGCGUGGGUGGGUUUCUACGGUUUUCUCACGUCGCUGGCCAAAUUUUCACAGAGCUUGCAAGGGACACAUCGACCCUUGAGAAGAUAAGUGCGUGUUGGCUUUACAACACGCUUGCCUUUGCUGAUCGCGUCGGGAAUGCAAAAACCGUGUCAUUUUACCUAAUGCAGGAGAUUUACAAUGAAACGCAUCCCCCGGAUCUGCGGGAAAUAACAGAGUGUGAGUUAGUGUGCGCUGCCGGCAAAAACGCGUGUCUGCGGAUGGGUCUGCAUGGAUCCGAAGUGGUUGCGAAGUGGGACCGUCUCUGUACGGCGCUGUACGCUGAGGGCUGCGCACUGCUCCACGCAGCCCAGGAGGAGGUGCGCCGUCGUGCUUCCAGGGCAACAAGUAUUCUACGUGAGACUUUUGCUAUGGAGAGCACGUAUUAUCUGUCGGAGUUUCGACGCCCACUUCACCUGUCACCCGAGGAAGCUACUCUCCUUCGCGAAGCUGCUGUGGGCAAGGAUCUCUGUGUGCCGCGAGAAACGUUUACACUGCUGCGUGUGGCGUGUGCCUUAAGGCAUUUCUCUGGGGGAGGGGAGCACGCGUCGGCUGGGGGCUUCCCCGUUGCCUCAGUGUCCAGUGUGGUGGCCAUUGCACUGCGGCACCGCUAUACCGACAUUGCAGCUGAGCUCCUCCGAGCGGGGUCAUCGCCAAGGUUGGGCGAUGGCGCGUUGCUGCUGUGGGGGAGGGAGCUUGAGUCCCUCCUCGGCGGGGCCGCGAAAGUCAGCGGUGGACGAGGUGUGAACUGCACGGCACGAGAGCGGGUUGCCGCACACGCCCACGCCCACGCUGCGGAACCAGGUCCGCUGUUGCACGAGAUUUCGCAGGAGUGGUGCGCCACCGACGUGCUGCACCUCCUUGCGACGGCGGAGGCGCUGGAGGACAUGCUGCCGGCAGGACUGACAAUGAUUCGCGGGGACAAGGCGCUUGGGCGUCAGCUGCUGGGCGACAAAGUCGUCCCGAGUUUUGUCCUUGACGGAUUGUCUCGUCUUAUUACGCGUCUUGUGGACGAGGGGGACCUGCCACUUGCGAGGUGUUUUCUCCCGCUUCUCGCAGGCAUCUGCGAGCGGUUGCCGUCGCAGUCGAAUCUGCUUGUAACACUGCAUGCGAUCGCUGCCUUUGCGCAGGGCUGCUUCAAUGAUGAUGCGGAUGAACGUUGGACGGCUGUUGUUAGCGCGCUACUCCCAUUGCUUCCGCCUCGUCUCUCGGGAAUGACGCCGCCGUAUCGGCAAACGAAGUCGGUCGUUGUGGGGCGCACAUUUUCUACGCGGCGUUGUGUCUUCGAUGCACUUGGCGGUACCCCUCCUCUGGGGACGGCUGUUCAGCGUCAUUGUCAGUUGCAGGUGCGUCUGACAGGUGAUUGUAAGGGUGUGCGCCUCGUCCGCAGCGGCAGUGUCGAGGGAGCGACGCCGUGGGAGAAGAUUCUGCCAGUUGGAAAGGCGUUGCUGGACGUGGUGGCCAAUAUGCUUGAAAUAGAGGUGCAGAAUCGGCGGCACCUUGGCGCCGCCCCCUGCAAAGAUGCCCCUGCUUUGGAGGAGGAGGAGGAGGAGCCUUCCCGCGCGACGGAGGCUGUUAGCAGCAGCGAAGUGGAGCGGCAGAGUGGGCAGGCAAGGGCUGAGUGGUGGAGGCAGCGAUACGCGUUUGAUGGCGCACUGCAGAAAGUCGUUGCGAAGAUGCAGUCCGACGAGAUUUUUGGAUGCUGGCGUGUGGCGAUGUGCGGUGAUUUGUCUCCCUCCUGCCUUUUAGAGCUGGAGAAGGUAGCCGCUAAAUUGCUUGAGGGCAUUGAAGCACCCGCGCAUCAUAUGUCGGACGUGACGUUGCUUUUGGCGGGCCUUCCAUUUCUGGUGGCACACCGCGACGCCGGCAGUCACGUGUUAUUUAGUCCGUCUCACGGGUCGGCGGAGGGCACUUGUGCCUCGUGUGACGCGGUGUUGCACAGUCUCUCUGCGGCGCUGGAGAUGGAGCUUCUCAAGCACGGCAUUGCCGCAGCUUCAACGGACGUGUUUGCCGUUUCGCGUGAUGCGUGCCUUUGCGCGCUUACGAAUAUGUGGAACGCGAUGCCAGCGCCGCGUUCGUCUAACUCGGGGCACCGCGAUGUGCGUGCCCUCUCGCGUACCCCGUUGUACCUUGUCCUGGACAACGAGCUGCACAGCCUUCCGUUUGAGGGCAUGGACGUUCUUCGCGCGGGAAACGUGGCCCGCGUUCCCACACCAACAUUUAUUUCCACCAGUGGCGUACGAUCGGUGUUUUUUCGCGGCGGUCUGGUGUAUUGUGUCAUUGACCCCGCUGGAGUCAUGCCGAAGACAUCGAAGCGUCUUCUCCCUGUCUGUCAGAGAAGUGGAUGGACGACAAACACACACGCUAUGUCUUCCGGUCAGCUCAUGCAGGAACUGUACUCGUCUCGGGCAAAACUUUAUGUGUAUAUCGGGCACGGAAGGGGGGAAAGCUUAGUACACCGGGGGGAAUUGUAUGAAAGGUUUCCUGAGCCGGACGAGUUUCCUGCUGUCUUCCUCAUGGGCUGCAGCAGUGCGCACAUGGAGAGUGGCUCCUCACAUGACUCUUACGGUAUGCCGUACGCUUUUCUGCAUGCCGGAUGUCCAUUGUUUCUUGGAUGCCUGUGGCACGUAACAGACGGCGAAAUUGACCGAUUGACUAAGCGACUUCUUUUGCUGCUUGCAGGAGACGACGUCGAUGAUGGCCUUGGACCUCUGCCCCCACCGCGGAGCGUUGGAGAGGCGCUGGCGUUGGCAAGGCGUGCCUGUAAGCUGCCAUUCCUCACAGGGUGCGCCGCGGUACUGUACGGCAUAAACCUUUCCCUUCAGCACGAUGAGGCGGAUGGUAAAGAAACGACUUUGUGA